AUGGUACUAAUUUGGUGGUGGUUUCGUUGCUGGCGGCCGGUGCGGUUGCAGGCGGGCGUGCUCCAGCAAGGACCAUGGGGUGGCAACGGCGGCAAAACCUGGAAUAUGAGACAGGCGGAUCACAUUAGCAACGUCAAAAUUCAUUACAACGAUGCCGUAUUCGCGUUUGACUUCACCUUCACCGUCGACGGCAAGAAGAAGACCAUCCACGUCGGAGGUGAUGCACCCCAGUACAAUGAGAUUACUCUAGAGGAGGACGAAUACUUCACUUUCAUCUCUGGACAUUUCAAGACGAUGUGGACGACAGACGUUUUCAUAACACAACUUACCCUUGAGACCAACAAGGGCAAUUCUGUGAGCGCCGGCAAUUCGAUUGGCAGUCAUUUCUCCCUAAAUCUAGAGGAUGAGGGUAAGAUUCUAGGCUUCUUCGGACGUGAAGGUUCUACCAUCGAUGCCAUCGAGGCAAUCGGAGUUUACUGCACUAUACCAAAUUAA